CCGCGCUCCAGUUCGUCCGCGACCCACCGCGCACGCAGUUCGUCGACGCGCCGGUAGGCUCCGGUUAGUUUGUUUAUUUGUUUUUUUUUUUGUUAUUGGUUUUGUUAUUUUCUCCAAAUUUAUCGCUUCGAAAAAAAGAAAAACAUUUUUUUUUUCACACUCGUCUUGUUUGCCCCGUCAAAAUCUAUUUUUUGUGUUUGUGCGUGUGUAUGUGUAAUAUAUAUAUAUAUAUUUUAAGGGUGCGCCGAGAAACGGUUUGAUUUGACAGUAAUAUUUUGAACAAAUCGGUUUGAUUGAAAAACAAAUAUUUGAACAUUUUUUUUAUAUUUUUGAUACCAUUCUGUUGUCAACGAUCAGUUUUUACAUUUCGAGUGCAACGUGGACUAACAUGACGGUGGUAACAUGAUGCGGGAUUUGGACGCGUCCAGCCCCGUCGUCUGGCCUCCAUGGUGUUAUUCAGUGGACAUCAAAAGAGACAUCGACGCGUUCGGUUUGUCGAAGAGCCGCCGUCCGGGGAUCGCCGGUAUGCAGAUCGAACACCCCGUCAACAACAACACGUCUAACACUAACAACAACAACAAUAAAGUGGCGGCCGCCGACGUGAAAACGGAGAGGUUGAGUCCGGCGGCGGCGGGCGACUCGGCGUCGUCCCGCAGCGGCACGCCGUCGUCUUCGUAUCCCGGCACGCCGCCCGGUUCGGCGGCCGCCGCCGACCGUGUGGCCAGUCCAGCGCCAAACCCGCUUAACCGAAACUGCAGCGACCUGAUACGCAGCCUGGCCGCCAAAUAUCAAAACGCCAAUCCCAACGAAUACUUGCCUUCGCGGAACGGCCUGCAUCUAGGCCUACUCUCGGCGACCGGCAAAGAUCACGGUGACAGCCUGCUGAAUCCGGGAUUCCCGUUCGUCACACCCACUAUUCCGGGCACCAACGUGCCAAUGUUUCCGCCAAUGAUGGACAUGUCGUCCACCCAAGCCCUAUUGUCCAUGGUGCGUUCGUCGCAGUUCGACGCGUUCAUGAGCAAAACUGGUGGCGGCGGUGGUGGCACGAAGCGACCGUGCUCGUCGUCGUCUUCGUCGUCCAACCAUCAAGCUGCCUCGGAACAGAAUCCGCUGGACUUGUCGUCGUCGUCCAGUCCUUGCAAAAAGUCUCGGAAGACCAUCGUUCCCGGCAUGGGUCCAUGGGACGGUGCCGGUACGUUCGCCGACACGUUUCUCAACAUACCCGCAUUCAACCUGGCGCUGCAAAAAUCCCGGGAAAAGGCGGCCGGCGGCAAUGGAAAGCGGCUGGGUAGCGUGUCACCCAAACCGGUCAAGCCCGCGGCCAAACCGCCAUCGGCCGCGUGCCAGGCAGCCGCCAACCGGACGCUGCCGUGCGUCUCGUCCUGUUCCGCGGCCGCGGCCACGACAACCACGGCGUCGUCCACGGACAGGCAGACGUGCCCGAACGCAGCCGAAAAGUCAACAGUGUCCGCCUGGACAGUGGACGACGUGUGCGACUUUGUGGGAACCAUCGAUCUGUGCGCCGAAUACACGCAGUGUUUUCGAGAUCAGUCGAUCGACGGCACAGCACUGCCGCUGCUCAGCGAGGAUCACCUGACCGGCACCAUGAACAUGAAGUUGGGUCCGGCUCUCAAGUUCAGGGCGGUUUUGGCUCAAAAACUUGGAAACUGCGCCGUCUGCAUGCACUGCGCUCACUGUCACGGGGCCCAACCACACGUCCGCAGAGCCACCCCGAGCCCUAUGGGAGGACACUCGUCUUAGUUUUGUUGUUGUUGUGUUGUUGUUAUUAUUGUUGAAUUUCAUCAAACGUCCGUCCACUAACAGUAUUUUAACGUUGGAUCGUGAUAAACAGCCGAUGUUGUUAUGGAUCCUGACGCGGCUACAGCAUUGGCGACGACAUUAGUUUAUAUUAUUUGUUUGAACCAGCGAAUUCGAUUGAUAAGUAAACGAUUAUUAUUCAAAACGCCAACGUUUGUAGGCCGAGUCUGACAUCAUAUUAAUAGCUCUAUUUUGAAGUCUUUGGCCGUCAACAAGACGACACCUCUAAACGUCUUCCCGAAGUCGUCGUUCGCGUUCAAUCGGACCGCAUUUUUGUCGUACGAACAGUAUUGUUAUGUCUUUAAGUCGAUACUACAAACACAAUAUGAUAAUAUUAUACGUGGUGUAUCGAGACGAUUUAUUCGUUUUGUUAUGAUAUAAUAUAAAUUGUACAUAAUACACGGCGUCUUAACUCGAGCUCAAGACAAACAACUAAAAUGUGUUAAAUCGUCGACGGACACUCGGUAUGAUAUUGUUAACAUGAUUCCAUAUUUUUUCUCGCGUAUGUUAUUCAUUUGUAUUAGUUCUUUUUUUUGUUGUUGUAAGAAUUUAUUAUAAUAUAAUAUUAUUAAUGUAUCUCGUAAACGUUAAGGGUUAUUUUGUAAUUUAUGUAUGUAAAUUCAUUGUUAUUAUGAAUACAUUAAAUAUAUUUUAUAUUAAAUUGAAUAAAUAGAAAUAAAUGAUAAAAUAUGGUAAUAUUUUGGUCGGCCGAUGCUCAAUGUUACGCGUUUACGAAAUAUUAUGUUUUACUAUACAUUUACAUCCAGUGCCUUAUAAUAAUUUUAGCAGUUAUCAUUUCACGUAUUUGGUUUUUUUUUCUAUAUAUGAUUCUGUGUUAUCUUUCAUUAGUUUGUUUGCUGCAGUAAUGCGAUUUAAAAAUAUUGUUGAAAUUUUAUUUAAUUUAAUUAGAAUUUAUUGACGUUUCUAGCUUACCAAUUUUUUAAACAAUUAGUUCUACUCAAAAGACAUAAUAUUUUGUCCGUAUUUAUUUUUGUUCGUAUUAUAUUACAUAUUAUAUAAAUUAUUAAUUAUUAUAUAGUUUAUCAUCUAUGGACUGUUGAUGUUGAAAGCGAUUUGUUAGUACAUAUAUAAAUGUAAAUGUAUUUUUUUAUAUAAUUAUUAAGGAAUUAUAGGGGAAAAUGAAAAUUUUCUCGGAUAAUCUGGGCUGACUAAGUGCAAUUUUAAAUGCAAAUCGCAUGAUUUAUUGAUUUUGUUAUCAUUAAGACGAUAUUUUUGCGUUCUGUGUAAGGCAUUUUUCGUUUGAUUUUCUUUUCUUUUUAAUAAUAUGUAAAAUGU